AGCUCCGCUACUGGAUUUCUCCUCAACACUGCUACACUUCCACAGCCGCGAGGGAGCCACUUUAACACCGAAAUAUCUUUACGAGACGAACCGGGUGCUUUAAUAAAGGGCGGUGGUUUAAAGUUCGGUGGUUUUAUUGUCGCUUCGGGUAUGUUCGGUUGGAACGUUAGCGUCGAGGCGGCCGCCCGGCUCAGUUUGAUUCAGAAUUGAUUGAGAUUUGAUUCCCUAACUGCGCUUACAGUUUACCGCACGGAUAUGCGUUCACCCUGACGCGACCUAACCGAACCGUUCGAAUCUGACACACACUGACACAUUGACAUUAACGCUUUCGCCCAAUUGUACAUGGGUUUCCGUGACUGAAACGGCACCGCAAACAGCAGACAAGUCCGCGUUAAACGCGCAAGGACAUUUUUCAUUGUUGAAAAGCGUUUUUUUUUCCGAGGCAACACGAGCGAGCAGAGAAGCCUGCUGGAGCCGAGAAAGGAUCGCCCGGAGCCGGACUCCUCAUUCCUCAGGACCAUGGUGUUAGACAAGGAAGAGGGUGUGCCGAUGCUUUCCGUCCAGCCCAAAGGCAAACAGAAGGGGUGCGCUGGCUGCAACCGCAAGAUUAAAGACCGCUACCUGCUCAAGGCGCUGGACAAAUACUGGCACGAGGACUGCCUAAAGUGCGCGUGCUGCGACUGCCGCCUGGGUGAGGUGGGCUCCACCCUCUAUACCAAAGCCAAUCUCAUCCUCUGUCGCAGAGACUACCUUAGGCUCUUCGGUACGACAGGGAACUGUGCAGCCUGCAGUAAACUGAUCCCCGCGUUUGAAAUGGUGAUGAGGGCCAGAGAUAAUGUUUACCAUUUGGACUGUUUUGCCUGUCAGCUUUGUAACCAGAGGUUUUGUGUGGGUGAUAAGUUUUUCCUAAAGAACAACAUGAUCUUGUGUCAGAUGGACUAUGAGGAGGGCCAGCUCAACGGGAGUUUUGAGACGCAGGUUCAAUAGCCCGAGCCAGAUGGAGGCAGCAGCGGCCCUCGACCCCUCACACACACUUACACGCUCACGCAUACGAGUGAUGGAUGUUCUUCUGCGACCACAGAGAGGAGCGUCCGUUUGCUCGUCUGCAAUACUUUUUACAGUAAAAGCCCCGAUGGUCCUGUAGGACUGUAAAUGUACUACUACUUUUUGGCCUUUAUUUCUCCCUUUCCCACCCCAACACUGAGCAGUUACAAGUUUCAAUGUACAGUUGUGCCCGCUUAGCUGAGCACUGUAUUGCCUGUAUGGUUUUGUGAUGUUCGUUUCAGUUUUUAUUCCUCGUUCCUCCCAUUUGGGUGGUAUUGCACCAUGGAGGGUAAUGUACAGUAUGUUUUUUUUUUUUCUGUGUAUAUAUAAACCGGAACAUUUAUUUUAUGAAAUUGUAAUGCAAUUUUAUUACUAGUGUGAAUUAAAAAGCAAAAAGAUUCUUAAAUGUU